AAAGAGAAAAUAUUUACAACGAAAUUACAAAAGUAAAAAUAGAAAAAAAGGAUUUUUUUUUUCCGUAACUUUUGGUAUAUAUCUCUCUCUUGGUGGAGGAAUGCUUGUCACCUACUCCUUUUUUAGUUUCCACUCUCUCACAUAAACAAUAGGAAACAAAAGAAAAAGAACACAUAGCUCUCAAGAAACUCCCAAACAAAAAUCAGCCAUAGCCAUUGAGCUCUGCUUCUGCUCUGUUAUUGGGUUUCAAUGGAGAAACAUAAGUGUAAGCUCUGCUUUAGAAGCUUCUCUAAUGGCAGAGCUUUAGGGGGUCACAUGAGGUCUCAUAUGUUGAACCUUCCGAUUCCUCCGAAGCUAGAAGAGGAAGAGCAGCAGCCACGACAACCUCCGUCACCGCCUGAACUCAGUAACUCGGCUGAGUCAGCCUCGUCUGCAUCGUCUUCUGACGAUGAUGAAGGAGAAGAAGAAAUUGAGGAAAGGGAAUUGGUAGAUGAGAAGGGUGUGUAUUAUGGGCUGAGAGAGAAUCCAAAGAGGAGCAUUCGAUUGGUAGAUCCUGAGUUUUCGUUUCCUGUGGUGGAUGCCGGCUCUGUUGUCCUUCAAGACCGAGAGAGCGAGACCGAGUCAUCCAAGAACCCAACUCGGAGACGAUCCAAGAGAACUCGGAAAUCGGGUGUGUUUGAGAGACACCACCACCACCACCAUCGUCUCCAUCAAGAACAACAACAAUACCAUAAAAUUGACCACCAGCAUCAUCAUCAUCAAGAUCAAGAAGAGAACGAUUCUUUUAAGAAGAUAAAGCUUAGCAAGUUGAGUAACAAGACCGAUUCUUGGGCCGAGCCAGAACCGGUGAGUUCAAUCUCUGAUGCUACUACUGAAGAAGAUGUUGCUUUUUGUCUUAUGAUGCUGUCGAGGGACAAAUGGAAGAGACAAGAGAACCAACAACGACGAGUCAUAGAUGAAGACGAGGAGGAGGAAGAAGAAGAAGAAGAAGAAGAAAGAUCCAUAGAAGAGAGUGACCAAUCAGAGGAGCUCAAAUCUACGAGGACUAAUAUUAAUGUAAGUAGAACAAGAGGUAAGUACAAGUGCGAGACGUGCAAGAAAGUGUUUCGAUCUUAUCAAGCUUUAGGCGGACACAGAGCCAGUCACAAAAAGAUCAAAGUUUCAAAUCUUGCUACUGCUUUGGAUGAGCCUGAAGAAAAUGCAGCAACUACUACUACUGCUUCAAUGCCGGAGAAGAAAGUCCAUCAAUGCCCUGUUUGUUUCAGAGUUUUCUCAUCUGGGCAAGCCCUCGGUGGCCAUAAAAGAUCACAUGUUACUGGUUCAUACACCAUUACUACGACUACAACUACAACUCAAACUCAAACUAAUAAGAGCUCGAAAAAGGUCGUAGAAAGUUUGAUAGAUCUUAAUCUUCCAGCUCCAGUCGAUGAAGAUGAAGUUAGCCAAAUCGAACACUCGGCGGUUUCUGAUGGAGAAUUCGUAAACCCCAUUAGGCAUUAAAACAGUUUUUUGUUUUUUUUGCUUGCCCACAUUGGAUAUUUCGUCUUCCCAAGAAUAGCUUUGAUCGGUUCCAAUUUCAAGGUACAACAAUUUUUUUGGCCCGCUUUGCUUGGAUCUGAUAUUACGACCAUGUUGUUUAUUGCAAACAAAGGUGAAGUUCGUUUUGCUCAGCUUUUACUAUAAUUAUAAAAUUUAUCUUCUUCUUUCUUUUUUUUUUCUUUCAUUUUCUAACUGUAAUCCAUUUCUCUCAAUUCUGUAACAACUAAUUCCAACUCCCGACGGUGAAGUAACUACAAAGUUUUCAGUUUUAAAAAGGUUUUCACAAGUUCUAAAUAGAAAAAAACAAAUAAGUAUUAUGGUUAA